CUGAGCAGAGAGAGACGAAAAUAGAAGACUAGGAGCCGAGAGCUCACUGGAGGAGACGAAAUGGCACCAGCAAGGGAGAAAGGUACAACUGGCGACUUGUUCGGAACCUUCAUCAACAACAGCCGUGGCGAGGCCGCGAGACCUCCAUCCUCGUAGUCUGGGUUAGGUGGAGUCUCAAUUGCGCACUACAUAUUCAACACUCACAAAAAUCGCCACACUAUACAUCAUACGACAGAAGAUCAAUCGGCGAUCUUUGUCUUUCAGAGAUACAACAACAGUCACAAUGUUCAAAACCGCAACUGCGAAGGGCGGCAGUAAAUAUGAGACCGCUAAUCGAGGAGAGGAAGAAAGACGGGAGGAAGGCAGCGAAGUAAGGGCGCAAGUUAAGAUGUGGAAACUGCAGCUUAGUAGGUAGUACUUAGGUUUUUUUUGAGUACAACGAACUAGAAACUCGGGGUAUGAUUGGGGGCGAACCCUUUUUAUUUUGAGUACAACUAGAGACUCGUGGUAUAGUUAGGAACUUACGUAGUUGCGGGAAAAAAAUCAAAAUUUUGAAGACCUGUCUGAGGAACGAAAUCCAUCACAGUGAAAAGCUCCCACCUCCCUGCUACAUCUCCCGCUGCGCCUCUAUCUUUAACCAAGCGGCGCGUCAAUGUGUGCGACAACUCCGGUUACAUCCUGUCCUAGGUGUGCACUGGCUUGGAUUAGUCGACAGCCUCGAACAACUAUCAAGACUAGCGCAGCUGGAGAGCCUGAUACCGACAGAGGCCGCAGUAGGAGAGCAGAAAGGUCGUGCUUCUAUAUUUUAUAGGGGAGCAAAAGUGUCGCGCUCCUAUAUCCUAUAUUUUUUCAUUCGGAGUUGUAGUUGAAGAAGAUCGUUGAGGUCUUAUAGAGAGUUCGAGUUCAAAUCAACUUCAAACGCAUUCACUGAAGAUGGUCGCACUUACGAUUACCUUCAGACACCAAAACAGGCAGAGUAACCGAAUCUGACGGCACGCUAUGGGAUCAAGCUGCGCAUGAAGAUGCCAUCAGAAUACUAGUGGAAGAAGCAAAAGUGAAUGUGUGUCUCCGGAUGAUGAUAGAGUUCAAAGAUUAUGGGAGUAUUGAAAUGGAAAGUAAAAGCCAUCGCCUUGGUUUCAGUAGUUCUCCUCAAUAGCUGCCACUUUUGUUAGAAAAGCAAAUAGUUCCUCUUCCUCAUCACGUCGCGUCUAAUCUGAAUGGCAAUUCGCAGUCCGAGGUCCAACAGCGCAGGAAGCGCGACUAAAGGACGCAGCAAGAGCGAUGGACGUGGAUGAAGUGAACCUGUUACGAAAGUGCAACCUUUUUGAAGAGUCGUUAGGGCUUUUGCUACUUCGAGGCUUCAUGCAUGUGGAGACACUGCAGUUGACCGACUGCGUGCUUCUGCUGGAGCACGUAGCGAUGGUACUUUUGCUGAAUGCCUUUUCUAGAGCAUGUACUAGCGAUGGCACUAUUGUGAUUUGAAGGAUGCUUCUACUCUUCAUUGGGAAGCGCCUAUACAUAGAUCACCACCCCAGAUCCUGUCCCUUGCGCACGAGAGGGUCGGCGAGUAUAAGGAGACGCUGAAGAGUCAGGAAAGUGUCGUUAUCUACUACUUCACGGCGUUGAUGAAGCACUCAGAGGCCCUAAACAACAGUGAAGUGUUGGCGAAGACAAAGGAACUGCGCGUAGUUCACCUAGUAGUGAGGCAUAUGCUGCAGAGGAAAGACGACUAUGCUUUGGAUUUUUUAGGUACUUAGUUUUUGAAGCUGUAGCUAUUGUGGCGCUAAGGCGAAGGGGCCGACAGUGAUGCUGCAGCUUCUGUUGCUGUCAGGGUCCAGAAAAGGGCACUCGCGGGGCUUGAAGUAGGCAGCUGAUGUCCUGAGAGCAGCACUAGCAAAUAUUAUAAAUGCUAUACCCUCGGUCACCUGUAGAGAAGAAUGAUCGCCCUCCAUCAUGAUCAUUCUCCAUCACAUUCUCUACCAAUGCCUGUCCUUUCAUGCUCGUCAGGCGUCGCUGUUGAGGGCUUUGCGAAGUUGGCUGAAAACGAGGACUUCCUACCACAGUGGAAGGAGUUUUUCGCGACGAAAGAGGAGAUGGAGGACUUCCUGAAACUGCAAGGGAUGCUGGAGGAUAUAUUGUUAUGGCUCUCAGCUUUAGAGUUAGCGCAAUCCGUGACAGAAGAUGACAAAACCGUACCGACUAGAACUAGAGGUAAGGAAGCCAAGAAGCGAGUUAGAAUCUUUCUAAUGCCGAAGCGGUACCCGGAUAAGAAAGCGGAAAUGCGGCCACUUAGCGACUUGCUGAAAAAAGUAAAGAAAGCAGCAACAUAA